UCACUACAAGCACCGCCUUCCCGGAGGAAUAUUAAUAGCGCUCUAGCUGUCAAAGUGAAUAGGAAAAGUCAACGCUACAGAAGCCAAAAUGAUCAACUGGAAGGCUUUGGACAACGUCCCCGUCCUCCUGUACAUCCUGGCCCUGAAGACGCUGCUGCUGUGCUUGGGGUUCGCUGGGGUGAAGAUCUACCAAAGUAAGAAAGCAGAGGAGGCCCUGAGGAAGAAGCAGGCUGAGAAGAGGAGGCUCGCCCAACAGACACAGGAGCUAAUAGACAACUUGAAGGAGGACUGAUCAGAGGAGAGAAGCUACUGUUCACAGGGAAACAUGUUACCGACCUGAGCAACAAGCCACUUUCUCCAAAAUGAGCCAGAUGUCUGACUGCUGGCAGCAGGAGGGGCUUUCCUGUGCACCAGGAAAUUGUUUGUGGUUCCAGUACUGGGACUGUUCACCAUGUCAGUUUUUAUAUAUCUUGUGUAAAUGUUUGACUGAAACCAGUUUUUUUGUAUGAGAUAUUUGCCAAACAUUCUCUCUGCUCUGGGUUCGUCUCUGUUAUUCAGAGGCUGUCAUGCAUGCUCAGAAAACAACUGUAACACUUGAAUAUACUUCACUUUGUACACCAUCAUUACUUUUAGCAGCACCAACAAGACAGUUUGUCAGAUUUGCUUAUUUAUAUAAACACAGCGUGGUGUUUAUUCUGUAAUAUUCUUUGUAAAUUGUGAACCAGCUUUGUCUAAUUUUUCUAAUUAUAUUAAAUAGUUUGUUCCACAUGCAACAAUC